CGCCGACACAGAGAGCGGCACGGAGAAAUAGAGAGUAAGAGAGAUAUACUUGGGCAGAGAGAACGGAAGAACAGAGAAGAAACCAAAACUGCUUGACAUAUUUUCCCCCACACUACCUGCUAGUAGUUGCCCGAUUUAUGUCCACGAGUGCCCCUGACAGCCGUGAUAAAGUGACAAAAUAUCUUUCAACGUGAUGGCCACCUCAGUGCUGUUAGCGUGCGGACUGAACGAGCAGAAGCUGCCGGCAUUCGUGCACAUUAGCGAGGAGUCAAAUGUGGACGGCAGCUUCCUGAUCAGCUGCAUCCUGGGCCAGCGGCUGCGCAUCUCUAACGCGGGCACCCUGCUCGUCUGUCUGCAGCAUCACUACCAGCACUACUUCAACGCGGGCAUGCGUCUUGGCUACAACACGAACAUCUUCCAGGGCAAGACCCUCAACGUGAUCGACGUGCUGAGCGACAUGGCCAGCGAGGGCCUUGCCUGCAAAUGGCUGAGGACCCCGGACGGUCUGACGCUGACCGAGCAGCUGGUGGAGGACAUUCGCGCCCAGGUGGAGAGCAACUAUGCCAACCGCAACAGCUACACCAUACUCAUCGACAAUCUGUCCAUCCUGUUCAAUCUCGGUGCCAGCAAACUGCAGGUACAGCAGUUUUGCCAGGACCUGGCUUCCCUUACCAAGGAGCGCGACAAUCUGACGGUCAUCACCAAGCUGAGCAACAGCGACAUCUACCAGCCGACCGACAACAACGUGGCAAAGCUUGGCCAGUUGCGCAUUCAGGUGGUGAGGCUCAAGAGCGGAGUGUUCCGCGAGGUCGACGGCAAGCUGCUAAUUGAACGGGUCCUGGACGAGGGCAGCUAUGCGUGCGAGGAGGCACGCAAGGAGGUGCUCUACAAGGUCAACGAUCGCAAUGUCAAAGUGUUUACACCCGGCGAGGUUGGCGUGAAAGUCUAGCUGCGGUCCGAGGUCCGAGCUCCGAGCUCCGCGCUCCCAUUUGAUAUGAUUAUUUGUAUGAAUUUUAAUAAAGCCAUUUUUUUGUAUAUUCUGA